UCUCAAUCCACCAUAAAAACUCUCCGCUCCUUUUACUCCACCGUCGGUCGGGUUUUUCGUGGGCAUCCCAGAAUCAUUCCUCCUGCUUAGUAGGGCGAUGACUGACAACGAGCGCGGACGAGGGGAUUCCAUGGACAGCGAUGACGACCGCAACCUCGAAGCUAUGGGAUACGUCCCUUCAUUCAAGAGGGAGUUCAGCAAUCUUGCGACGAUCAGUUUCGCCUUUAGUAUAAUGGGCCUCUGCUCAUCGGUAGCAACCACGUUCAACACUCCCUUGACCCUUGGCGGCCCUUCGUCUGUCACUUGGUGUUGGAUUUUGGGAGCAACUAUGUGCUUCACCUUAGGCGCGUCCAUUGCUGAAAUUGUCUCGGCGUAUCCUACUUGCGGAGGACUAUAUACGGCAUCUGCUCAGCUGUGCCCAAAAAAAUAUCGCCCUAUCGUUGGGUGGGUGGUAGGGUGGAUGAACAUCCUUGGUCAGAUUGCGGGGCUUUCAUCUACAGAGUUUGGUCUAGCCAACAUGAUAUGGGCCGCUGUCGUCAUUGCCAAGGACGGUGCGUACGAAGUCACGCAGGGUAAGGUUGUGGGCCUUUUCGUUGGCCUUCUCAUAUUCCACGGCAUACUUAAUUGUCUUGCCACUCGCUACCUUGCGCGCUUCACAACAGGCUUCGUGUUUGUCAAUCUUGGUGCAACUGCUCUCAUUAUCAUCGUUCUUCUCGCGACAACCCCGCGUCAUGAGAUGCAUUCUGCUAGCUACGUAUUUGGUUCUGAAGGGAUUAUUAAUCAGACCGGAGGUUGGAACGAUGGACUUGCGUUUUUGUUUGGGUUGCUCAGUGUUCAAUGGACCUUGACGGACUACGACGCAACGGCCCAUAUAUCGGAGGAAGUCAAGCGCGCCGCAUACGCAGCUCCCGCUGCCAUCUUUAUUGCAGUGAUUGGUACUGGUCUUCUCGGCUGGCUGCUCAAUAUUGUCAUGAUUCUGUGCUCCGGACCAUUCGAGGAUCUACCUGGACCUUCUGGGUCAGCAUUCCUUCAGAUAAUGACUAUGCGCAUGGGCAAAGGCGGAGCGCUCUUUCUCUGGACCUUCGUCUGCCUGACAGCAUUCUUUGUUUGCCAAACGGCUCUGCAAGCUUGCUCGCGAACUGUAUAUGCAUUCAGUCGUGACCGCGGUCUACCCGAUCAUGGUUACUUCGGGCACAUCAGCAAGUGGACGAUGACCCCUCUGCGUGCUAUCUGGUUCACCACCAUCUUGAGUGUUUUGCCCGGCCUGUUGGAUUUUGCGAGUCCUGUCGCUGCCAAUGCCAUCUUCUCCCUCACUGCUAUGGCCCUGGACUUGAGUUAUAUCAUUCCGAUUUUCUUGCGCCGCGUGUACGAACACCACCCAGAAGUACAAUUCAAACCAGGCCCGUUCUACAUGGGAAAUGGUAUCCUCGGAUGGGCCGUCAAUAUCAACUGCAUCUUAUGGACGCUGUUUGUGACCGUCAUCUUCUCAAUCCCGACGUUGUUACCUGUGACGAAAGAAAACAUGAACUAUGCCUCCGUUAUCACUGGCGGUGUCAUAAUUUUGGCUUGCGCAUGGUAUAUUCUUGGCGGCCGUCAGCAUUACCACGGACCCACAUCGAACUUACACGAAAAAGAAGGCUUCGGCGACUUCUCAGUUCGGGAAAAGGAAGAUACAUCGGAUUUCAAGAACGAUUCUUGAAAUAAUACACGGGAGGGGAAAUCUAAUGGAAUGUAUGAAGGCUGCUUUUUUCUUGGAAUUACGAUACCUGCGUGCUAGUCAAUCACAGGACAUGUAUUACCACUGCCUCUCGUACUUUGCUGUCCUAUUGCUCUCGAGUCUCACUGUGAAAGAUACAUCAUG